AUGCUGGACAACGUCGACCAUAUCGUGCUGGUGUUGUCGGGCAAAGGCGGCGUGGGGAAGUCAUCCGUGACCACGCAGCUGGCGCUCACUCUCGUCCGCCAGGGCUACAAGGUCGGCGUGUUGGAUAUCGACCUGACAGGCCCGUCGAUGCCCCGGAUGUUUGGCAUAGAGGAGGGCAAAAUCCACCAGUCGUCGAAGGGCUGGGUCCCCGUUUACUACGACGACUCCAAGAGGUUGGCUGUGAUGUCGCUCGGAUUUCUGCUGGGCGACAGGGGCAACAGCGUUGUGUGGAGGGGACCUAAAAAAACUGGCAUGAUCCGCCAGUUUAUUAAGGACGUUCAGUGGGAGCAUCUGGACUAUCUGCUUAUAGACACGCCUCCGGGCACCUCUGAUGAGCACAUUGCCAUUGCGGAGGAGUUGAGAUACUGCGACAACGUGGACGGCGCGGUUGUCGUGACGACGCCGCAGCUGGUGUCUAUUAACGACGUGAGGAAGGAGCUGAAUUUCUGCCAAAAAGUGAAUUUCAAGGUGCUGGGGCUGGUGGAGAACAUGUCAGGAUUUGUAUGCCCGCAUUGUGCGGAGUGCACCAAUAUUUUCAGCUCGGGUGGGGGUGAGGCGUUGGCGAAGAGUUUGGAUCUGCCGUUUUUGGGGAGCGUUCCGAUCGACCCCACAUUCAACGAGCUUAUAGAGAGACAGAACGAGUGGAAAGAGCGUGGGGACUUGAUUACAUUGUACGGCGAAAGUACACUGAGCGCCAUAUUCGAGAACAUGGCGCAACAGUUGGGAUGGAUAAAAGCUACUUAA